AUGUGUUUGUUAUCAUCAAAACUAAUACUUAGAUGUAGAACCAAACUAUGUUCUAACAAUCGUUAUGUUGGAGAGGAUCUUGUUGUCAAUCUAGGCACCAACUAUCAUGUUGGAGAUUAUCAUAUUGUCGAUUGUGGUACCAACUCUCUUGUUGGAGAUGACCUUGUUGUCGAUCUAGGCACCAACCCUCGUGUUGGAGAUGAUCCUAUUACCAAUUUAGGCACCAACUCUCGUGUUAGAGAUGAUUUUAUUGUUGAUCUAGGCACAAACUCUCAUGUUGGAGAUGAUCUUGUUGUUGAUCUAGGCAUCAACUCUCGUGUUGGAGAUGAUCUUGUGUUUGAUCUAGGAACUAACUCUCGUGUUAGAGAUGAUGUUGUGGUAGAUCUAGGCUCCAACUCUCGUGUUGGAGAUGAUCUUGUUGUCGAUCUUGGCACCAACGCCUGUGUUGGCGAUGACCUUGUUGUCAAUCUAGGCACCAACCCUCAUGUGAGAGUUGAUCUUAUUGUCGAUCUAGGUACUAAAUCUCGUGUAGGAGAUUAUCUUGUUGUUGACCUAGGCACUAACCCUCGUGUUGGAGAUGAUCUUGUUGUCGAUCUAGGUAUCAACCCUUGUGCUGGAGAUGAUCUUGUUGUCGAUCAAAGCACAAAUCCUCGUAUUAGAGACGAUCUUUCAUAUUCCAUAAAUCAAGGAGAUCUUUCAAGAUUCCUGACAUUUUAA